GCGGUAGAAAAGGGCGCGCGGGGGAGCCCCGCCCUUUCCCUGCGCCGCGGAGCCGCCAUGGACACGAGCCGCGUGCAGCCCAUCAAGCUGGCCAGGGUGACCAAGGUGCUGGGCCGGACGGGGUCGCAGGGACAGUGCACGCAGGUGCGGGUGGAGUUCAUGGACGACACGAGCCGCUCCAUCAUCCGCAACGUGAAGGGCCCCGUGCGCGAGGGCGACGUCCUCACGCUGCUGGAGUCGGAGCGCGAGGCGCGGCGGCUGCGCUGAGGCCCCGGGCCCGCGCGGAGCCUCGGCCCCCGCGCCCGCGCGCGGCCCCCGCCGUCCCCUUCCAGGGAGCGGGGCCUCCCGGCGUUUGCGCGGAGCGGCCGGGCACGGGCACCGGCACCGGCACGGGGAGAGGGGCGCGGCGGCGGCGCUACUGCAAUAAAGGCUUUUUCCGGUA